AUUGACCCGGUCGGGCCCAGGACGAUGCAGAGCGACGCAGCGGUGGACGACGUUCGGGCCAACGCGCUUGCGCAGAUCGACAUGCUACAUGAGGGGAUCCUGGCGUUCCACAAGCAGUUCCUCAAGGACCAGGCGGCCAAGGAGGUCAUGGAUGAGCCUUCCGAGACUGCAUCCAAGCAAGACGACGCGAGCCUGGAGCAUGCCAAGGUUGUCCACGAGCUCCGCGAGAGCCUGCAGGAAGUGCUCCGGCGGAACGAGGAACUCGCGACCGAGAUGGCGGCCAGUCGACUGCAAGAGGUGCAGUGGAAGCGCCAGAUCGACCAGCUUCAGCACCACCAAGCCAUACUGACGUCGCAGCUCCAGCACCAGCAAGCGACCCACGACGCGCAGCGCAAGCAGCUCCACAUGAAGGACUCGCUCCUCGCCAACUACCGGUCGUCGAUCCGUACCCUCGAGAACAAGCUCAUCUCGAACGCCAAGCGCUAAGCAAGGCGACGAUGGCUGCCACCACGAUGCGAGAGGGAAACAGAGAUAAAGCAUCGGGAGUCUCAGACGCACGGAUACACGAC